CCUUAUUUUUUUUUUUUUUUUAUAAGCUCGGUUGUAGGUAAAUUUUUAGAUGCCAAGGCAGUGUGUUUACAGGAGUCAGGGAGGUGAUUAGUCCUGGAGUCAUCUGUUCCUUACAUAGAGACAUUCAGCAACAUUUCCCCUGUUUUCAACCCCACCUCUCACUCCAAUUCUCCACUGCCCUUGAUUUUUUAAGUGUUCUAGAUGGCAGAUUGUGAUUGAUAUCCUUCAUGCUUGUUUUGGCUGCUGUUUCCACAACCCUGGUUCAUUAUUAUUAUAAAACAUAUCACCUGGUUUUCUAUCUUUUCGAAAUUUGUUGUAUGCUCCUAGGGAUCUUGUGGCCUAAGAUUAUGUGAGGAUAUUUGCUAACGAACUAAAGAGUUAGAGCUGAAUCCCAAGCAGCCUGAUUCCUGGUCCAAUUCACUUUGCAUUAACCUUCUCCCUUCCUUAUUUCACUCUCCCAUAUUUCUCUCUGUGUUGAGGUCCACUGAAGGCAUUACUGAAGAAUCACCCAAGGUGCCACACUGUAACAAUGAUUCAGCUGACAGCUACGCCUCUGAGUGCACUUGAUGAUGAGCCAAUGCAUAUCCGAUUUACAGGCCUGACUCCAUUUCAGAUAGUGUUUCUUCAGGCAUCACUGGAAGAUGAAAGGAGGAACAUGUUUCAUUCUUACGUCUACUAUAAGGCCAACGAAGUUGGUGAGGUGAACCUGAAGCAGGCUGCUUCUCUUGGAGGUGAUUAUGUAGGAGUCCAGCCCAUGGGUCUCUUCUGGUCCCUGAAAUCUGAGAAGGUUGGAAUUAAACUCUUCAAGAGAGAUGUGAUGAAUAGCCCCUUUCAGGUCCAAUUAAAACUUUGUGAUCCAGCUGUCCUGUUGACCCACAUUGUCUCUACUCCUCCAAUAGUCUGCCUGACUUUAGAGAGGUGGUAUGUAGCACCUGGUGUCACCCGGACCCAAGGCAAAGAAGGCCACAUUCGGGGAGUACUUUUUAUCCCUCCACGAGAGGGCCAUUUCCCGGGGGUAAUUGAUUUGUUUGGAAUUCUUAGUGGACUGAUGGAAUCCUGGGCCAGUCUCCUGGCCAGUCGUGGCUCUGCUGCCUUGGCCUUGGCUUACUGUAACUAUGAAGACCUGCCUCCCAAACUAGAGAAACUAGAUUUGGAAUAUUUUGAAGAAGCUGUCAACUUUCUCCUGAGACAUCCCAAGAUCCUAGGCCCAGGCAUUGGAAUAGUCUCCAUUUCUAGAGGAGCAGAGAUUGGACUUUCCAUGGCUAUUCACCUAAAACAAGUCACAGCUACGGUGCUUAUUAACGGGCCCAACUUUAUUAUUGACGUUCCACACGUAUAUCAUGAUCAGAUAAGUCAAACUUUGGGCUUCUCUCCUCAAUAUAGCUCCAUCUCUAACUUAGGAUUCAUAAAGUUACAGAACAUUUUUGAGGAAAAUAAAAAUAACGCCAAUAAGGCUGCUUUUCUCCCCAUUGAAAAGGCCCAGGGACAUUCUUUCAUUGUGGGAGAAGAAGAUAAGAAUGUCAACAGCAAAGCACACGCACAACAAGCCACAGAACGGCUGAAGAGACAUGGAAAGAAAAACUGGACCCUACAGUCUUACCCAGGGGCAGGCCACCUGAUAGAACCCCCCCAUUCCCCACUGUGCUGUGGCUCCAAUGUCCCCAGUUUUCACAUUGCCAUGUACUGGAGAGGAGAGGUGAUCCCACAUGGAGCUACACAAGAACAUUCUUGGAAGGAGAUCCAGAAGUUUCUCAGGAAGCACCUUAUUCCAGUUGUGACCAGUCGUUUCUGAAAGGGGCAAACAUUCCUGAAUAUGGAGAAGCAAUAGGAUGCUUUACCACAUUCCACUUCAUUUUCAUGGAACAAUGCUUUUGAUUUUGCACACACGGGGUCGUGCAUGUACACAUGCAAGAGCUCUA